UCGUGAGUGCGCGCACCAGCAAAAAAUUCCAAAGUAAAAAAAGUUCCUAAAACCCACUCGCAAUGCCACGCAAAUUGAGCGCAAUUCGUCAAUUCUCACUACAAUGCGACACGCCACCGCAAUCAGCAUCCACGCGACGCGCAAGUUUAAAAAAGCAACACUCCGAAGAACUGACCAAUGACGAGGCGGGAAUUCGCAUCUCGCUGAGCGCAAAAGCAGCGCAUCGAAAUCCAAAACAUUCGAUUAAAGUCGCCUGGGGUGACAACGAAUCACAACCGCAACCAUUUCGUAGACAUUCACAUCAAUCCACACUUGAGAAUAACAACAAUAAUGAUACAGCGUUGUAUUCACGCAAAGACCUCGCGCAGAAAUUACACAUCGCGUGGCAGGAACGCGAAAACACCAAAAACAAACUGAAUAUUUUCCUCGCGCAUAAUUUUCAAGCGGAGCAAAGCGGCGAUGAUUACAACUACACACCGAGACAAGAACCCAAACUUAUGCAACCACUCUUACUCCAAACGGAUGACCAAAGUAAUACUUCGAAUUUAAAGCAGAUUUUUCAGAAACAUUUACGUAAAAGUAAGAUUUCAUCACCGGUUGGUAGUGAUUCAGAAACAAUUUCACAAGCGGUUGUUGUCGUACCGAUUAUUGAAAGAACUAAAUCCAAUCAGGAUAUAAUUAAAACUCGGCGUAAUUUACCCACACAAGAAUCAACAUUAGAAAAAAGUCCUCCUAGACCACAGACAGCUUCCAGUGCAGCGCAGAAACGCGCAAUGUUUCAAAAACGUACAAAUUCCGCGUUCACAUCGAUAAAUCCCGGCUGUGCAUCACCUAUGCAACCAGUCAAACACUUUCGGCCGCCAUUAGUACGCGCAUCUUCCUUACCCACGUCAAAUAAACCUGAUAUUCAAGUUAAAACUCGUCUCAGACGGAAAAUUAAAGUCGCCAAACGUGCAAAACAACCAAAUACUAACAAUAAAGAUGUGGAUGAUGAUAAAAAGUCUUCGGAUGUGGUUACAAUGGUUUCCCUUGUUAGUCCUUCGGAGAGUGAAGCUGAUGAAGAGCUGGAUGCGCAGGAAAGUGAAAGAAAAGCGGAUUUGUUGAAGCACUCACCGCAUUCGCCGAAGAAGCAGGCGUGUUGCGAGAACAAACACUUUUCGCUUCGGAAAACUGUCAAGCAAGUUUCUUUUCAGCACUCGAGUAUUCACGCCGUGCGCAGUUUUUCGGCGAGUUUUCCGGCGCGGCGCGGUUCUGUUGGUGCUAAUUUACUGUUGGACAGCGCGGCGAAGAAGUUGCAGAAAAGUUUGGAGAAGCGUGCGCAGCCGGAUGAAGGACUGGCGGAGGCGAAACGAAGGCUUUUGCAGCAUGAGAAUGCUAAUGAGGAAAAAAAUCAGAUACAAGAAAAACCUACAACCACGCCAUCUACAGUGUGUGCAGAAGAUCAAAACACGCAGAUGACAACCAAUGGCGAUCAAGAUAAAGAAAAUCAAGAUGGCGCACAGACAGAAACAGUAAAAGAGCGAAAAUGCUGGGAGACGUAUUGUAGAAUGACAAAAAGUGGACUCAACGUGUCAUUGGACACAAUUUUAAGAGGUAUGCUUACACCUACUGAAUACCGCCUCCGGAGGCGGUUCUCUCUGCAACGCGCUGAUGAAAACCAGGAAAACGAGAAGGAAACAAUCACAAAUGAAGAGUAACACACUACAAAACAACACAAUUAAUGUUAGGCAACACAAGUUACAUUUACAAAAUUAAUAUUAUAUUAAAUUAGUAUUUAUGUAUUAUUAUUAUGUUACUUACGUUUAUAUUUUAAUAAUUUUAUUAGACACAUGCACUAAUUUUAUCUUACCUGUAUUAAUUUUUAAUCAAAAUUAAUUUUUUUCACAAUUACACUACACACAGCUUAUAAAAUCGCGUAAAUAUUAAAUAAUUUAAGUUAUCUAAUCAUUAACAGCGUGAAUAUAUGCGAUAAAAUGUUUAUAAAUAUCAUAGGGCAGGCCAAACAUUCAAAAAUAUAAACUAUUCAUUGAGAAAUUAAUUUAUGAAAAAUAUUUUAUGAAAUAUUCAUGUUUUAAGCAUAAAUACAUGAAAAUUAAUCAUUUGGCCGCCCUAUCAAGUAAAUCAAGCAUAAUUUAAAGAUGAUAAAACGUAGUUAUAGUUAGAUAUGUAUUAACAUUGAAAAAUGUUAAUUCCGUGCGUGUUGUGUACAUUUAUAUAUUUUCUAAUGUCCGUUUGUAACACGAAUAUAACAUUGACAUAACCACGAAUAUUUUUGUAGCUACCAAUUGGUGUAAAGUGUGCAA